AUGGGUGGCAUCACUCAACAAGACACCACGUCUCCGCCAGACGUGCAUCUUCCCCAGUCCAGCGGCGCUAGCAACGAGAGCAAAAACGAAGCAGCAGAGGGCAACACCCCGAAUAGUAAUGAUGAAGAGGCCGUGGCCGAAUUCAAGCCAUCCUUUCGCUUCUGGAUCAUCCUGGCGAACCUAUCACUCCUUAUCUUCCUCGCUACGCUCGAGAACACCAUCAUUGGGACCGCGUUGCCGUUUAUUGUGGAGGACCUGAAGAUCGGAAGCAACUACGUCUGGGUUGCUCACAUACAGUUGCUCACCGGAACCUCUGUGUUGCCCCUGACAGCACAACUCGCCAACAUCUUCGGCCGCCGCUGGGUGACCAUCGUCGUCACUUCGCUUUUCAUUGUCGGUUGUGUUAUGUGCGGAGCCGCCACGAAUGAGGCAAUGAUGCUGGCUGGUCGAGGUAUCCAGGGCGUUGCGAGCCAGAAUUGUGUCAUGCUUACAGAAAUGGUCAUCUCGGAUCUCGUCCCCUUGAGAGAGCGUUCCAAGUACAUCGGCAUGACGCUCAGUUUAGCGGCGUUUUCUCUCAUCUCGGGACCUAUUAUUAGUGGUGCCCUUGUUAACAACGUGUCCUGGCGAUGGAUCUUCUAUAUCAAUGUCCCCAUUGCUGGUGUCGCACUAAUCGGCCUUUACCUCUUCCUCCACGUCAAGUGGAACCGAAAUGAGACCAUCAUGACCAAGCUCCACCGCAUCGACUGGGUUGGCAACAUCAUUAUCACCGGCUCUAGUAUCAGUGUUCUCCUUGCCUUGACGUGGGCACAUGUCGUAUAUCCUUGGGACUCACCAGAGGUCCUUGCACCGCUCAUCAUAGGCAUUAUCGGUGUAGUUGUCUUCUUCGUCUGGGAGGCCAAGUGGGCUACCGAGCCUGUCGUCCCGCUUCGCAUAUUCAAACACUGGAGCUCCAUCCUGCUGUACAUCGAAACCUUCAUGUGCAACUUCUGCCUUUUCUUACCGGCCUACUUCCUACCAUUGUUUUUCCAGGGCGUCAUGGCCUCGUCUGCAGGCCGAACAGGUGUACAGAUGAUCCCGCUGACAGCAUUCAUGAUGCCCAGCAUGAUCUUUACCGCCGUUGCUCUUCCAAAGGUUGCCAAGUACAAGGUUUUCCACGUCGUUGGCUUUACUCUUCUCACGGUAGGGCAAGGCAUCUUCUCGACGCUCAAGCGAGAAGACUCAAACGCCGAGUGGGUAUUCAAACUCUUUGUUCAGCCCAUCGGUACAGGCUUUUUGGCUGGCUCAACGCUUCCGGCUAUCCAGUCAUGGACAGCUGAGGCGGACAUGGCAGCGGCAACGGCCGGAUUCACCUACAUCCGAGGCAUGGCCAUGAUCUUCGGCAUUGCUAUACCCAGCACAAUCUUCAACAUCUUUAUUUCAAAAUACUCGUCCCGCAUCGACGACCCCGAAGUUCGCGCUCUUUUGAAUGCAGGCGACGCCUUCGCUCUUGGAUCCAAGGAUUUCGUCAUGAGUUUCGAUGAUCCCGUGCAGAGCCAGAUCCGCGAGACGUUCCAGCUAGCGAUCCAGAAGGCUUUCCAGCCAACCAUCGCGUUCGCAGGCAUAGGAUUCGUGCUGGCUUGCAUCUGCAGGGACAACAGACUAAGAUCUGAACUGGAAACUCUAUACGGAUUAGAGGAGAAGAGGAAGAAGGAAGGGACAGUAGAAGAGGCCACGAAUAUAAGGACGACGGUGGAAAAGGUGGAGGGAGACAAGUAG